UUAUUUUUUACUGUGCACGGGAACUCUGCUCCAUGUGGCGAUGCUUGGUUUCGACAAUGCCGGGAAGACGAUCGCCCUAUACAGACUCAUAUUUGAUCAGUAUAUCAACACCGUGCCGACCAUUGGCUUCAAUUGCGAGAGAAUUUGCGGCGGCAUCGGGAAAGCUAAAGCGGAAUUGUCGUGGUAUCGAUGUUUCUCGAGUUACACGCGAUCGAAGAGAAUGAGCUUUUCGCAAAUUAAAUUUUGAGGAGCCAAGCAGAUAGCAAUUAUUCGCUUCAGUUUUAAUUCCAGAUAGAAUUGACUUCAAUAACAUUUUAAUAUAUACGAGUCUUUUAUUGUUAGUUAAAGAGAUAUAUAUGGAAAUGAGAAAGUUACAAUAAACGAUGGUUUCUCUCGAACAUUUUCGAUAAGAAUAAAAAUCGAUUUUAAAUUAGCCGAGAAAUGAAAAGGACAUCCGGCACUUUUAGAAUGCUGUAUAUUCUAAGGCCUGAAAACAGUGAAAAACUAAGACUAUUCCAAAAAAUCAAAAUUUUUUGCUUACAUAGCUACAAACUAAAGAAAAAAGGUCUAAAAAAUCGGUUACACCCUGAAAAGUAUUCUGUGUAGUUCUCAGAUGAUGUGUGAUUUUUUUGGAAUUUUUAAUUUUAUUUUAAAUGACAGAAAAAAAUCACCGACGCAACAUAAAAAAAACGAUGACAUCAAGGGUUUUCGGGAUCCGAGUCUCGAACUUUGACGGCGCGUGCAAGCUAAACGACUGACUUGACGAUAAAUGUUGUUCACAUUCAUUGAUUUCAGUUCAUUGAGAGAGAUAGAAUCAAAAAAGGUUCAAGAAUUGACUUUUGAAGCAGAACAAUUUUUGACAAGUAAAAAUUAAAAACGCAUAAAAUCACAAAAAACCCCUCUUAUUACUGUUACCUUGACGCGGUAUUUAUUGUGUAAUACUA